AUGAAACCAGCUAUCAUUUGUGCUUCACUUUUACAUCGUUCUAAAUUUACGAAUCCUUUUUUUUGGUUAAUUUAAUUUUACACUUUAAAAUAUUAGAAUUAAAAAUUAACAAACUCCUAAUGUUUUUUAAUGAUAAUCUCAAAAUUAUACAUUUUUUCCAGAACUAGCUUAAUUAAGAUAAAUUGGUAUAUUUUUUUCAAAUGA